UCAUUCCAAAACCCUAAACCCCAAAGGAUACUCUUCUCUGUCGCUCACAAUAUUUGCUCCAUCUCUCACAAUAUCACCACCGUAAACAAACGAUGAGACCUCCAAGAGGUGGUGGCCGAAGUGGUGGUUUCAGAGGCGGUCGUGAUGGAGGAUUUAGGGGAGGCCGUGACGGUGGCUUUCGUGGUAGAGGUGGCGGUCGUUUCGGCGGUGGUGGACGUGGCUUUCGUGAUGAAGGACCUCCCUCCGAAGUUGUAGAGGUCUCAACUUUUAUCCAUGCUUGCGAAGGAGAUGCUGUCACAAAACUUACAAAUGAGAAAAUUCCAUAUUUCAAUGCUCCUAUUUAUCUUCAAAACAUGACUCAGAUUGGGAAAGUUGACGAAAUAUUCGGUCCUAUCAAUGAAUCUUACUUUUCAAUCAAGAUGAUGGAAGGGAUAGUUGCUACUUCUUACUCUGCUGGUGAUAAGUUUUAUAUUGACCCAAGUAAACUCUUGCCUCUUGCAAGAUUUCUUCCUCAACCUAAGGGACAAGCAUCAGGUGGAAGAGGUGGAGGAGGUCGUGGUUUUGGUAGAGGUGGAAGAGGUGGAGGAGGUCGUGGUGGUUCUUUCCGGGGAAGGGGUCCCCCAAGGGGAAGGGGUCCUCCUAGAGGACGUGGUGCUCCUUUCAGAGGAAGGGGUAGAUUCUAAGAGAAUCUCCAUCUUAUGUAAUUUUUGUUUUUGCUUCAAUCAUUUUGUUUGGAUGGUGUUCCAAUUUGAAUUGAUGUUGAAUUUUCUAUUUA